AAUCUAUGGCGGAAAUGGAUGGUUCAUUUGAUGUUAUAGAAGAGUUGACGAAUAUGAGAAGGGCGAUCCAAAUUUCGUGCCCUAAUAAGGCUGGGCCCAAUAUGAAAGGGCUCCACAGGGGACAGUUUUGGAAGUUUAUUCCAAAAAGUUAUCUGCAGGUUUGGUCAUCGAGAUCAACCUCGGGACUGUAGAUUCAUGGCGGACCGCCGGAAAUGGCGACGUCGCCGGAAAGACAAGCGUAGGGGAAGUGAAUGAGCGAGGAACUGCAUUUCCUUUCUAUUUUAUUAUAUUUUGAAGGCCGCAUCGUUUUCACUCCUUGUUUCAUCAUCUGCUCACUAUUUCAGACCUUCCUCUGCUCAUUUUCAACUGUUCUUACGCUUACACUCAGUCCAUUUUACUCUUAUGAUUGGUCAGCAGAGUAUGAGCUCUUCAUCAGCUCAGCUCUAUGCAUCAAGGAUGGGCAUCUAUGAGCCAUUUCACCAGAUCAACUCAUGGGGUAAUGCCUUCGGUACUCGACUCGAUACCAGCAUAUCGCCUAUUAUAAAAGUGGACGACUGUGUAGACAAUAAACCUGAGUUCGUUCCUUUCGAAUCGAUGGAUCAUCACGAGAGCAGUCAAGAAACGAACAAGCCAAUCGAUGAUAAGGUACAACGUCGUUUAACACAAAAUCGAGAAGCAGCUCGUAAAAGCCGUAUGAGGAAAAAGGUUUAUGUACAGCAGUUAGAAACUAGCCGUUUGAAGCUGGCACAGUUGGAGCAGGAGCUAGAAAGAACCAAACAGAAGGGUGUAUACACAGCAAGCUGCUUAGCAGAUACCAGCCACUUGGGAUUCAGCAGAUUGGUAAACCCAGGGAUUGCUGCAUUUGAGAUAGAAUACAAUCACUGGGUUGAAAAGCAAGAGAGACAGAUCACUGAACUCAGAAAGGCAUUGCAGCAAGUUCAUAUAAUAACUGAUACAGAACUCCAAAUUUUAGUGGAAAGCGGCUUAAACCAUUACCAUAAUCUGUUUUGCAUGAAAGCCAAUGCUGCAAAGGCUGAUGUUUUCUAUUUAAUGUCUGGUGUAUGGAGAUCAUCAGCAGAGCGUUUUUUCCUGUGGAUUGGAGGAUUUCGGCCAUCGGAGCUGCUAAACUGGGAACAGGUGCUGACGCCAUACUUUGAGGCAUUAAAUGAACAACAACAGAGCGCUAUUCACAAUUUGCAGCAGUCGUCUCGGCAAGCUGAAGACGCGCUCUCACAGGGAAUGGAAAAACUGCACCAGAAUCUAUCCCUCAGCAUUGCCAGCGAUCCUAUAGGAAGCUAUAUUUCUGAGAUGGGUGAUGGAAUGGAGAAAGCAGAAGCAUUGGAGAGCUUGGUAAGGCAGCCGAGUGUGUGCUACUCUUUUCUGGAACAGGCAGACCAUCUGAGGCAACAAACUUUGAAGAGAAUGUCCCACAUCCUAAGUACGAAACAAGCGGCGCAAGGGUUGGUCGCUUUAGGCGAGUACUUCCACCGUCUCCGUAUUCUGAGCUCCCUCUGGGCCACUCGACCUCGUGAACCUGCGUAGGCAUGGGCAUGGGCAUGGAAGGGUGAGACAUGUUAUGUUCCAGUGACCCAGCAUAUAAGUGAGAUUAUAUACUAUACUUGUGCCUCUUCUUUAUGUAGAAAAGGGAUACAAAUCCUGAUAAUAUAAGUUCCAGUGCUACCCACAUUUUAGUAAGCCACUUUUCUGGUUUUCGGAAUGUAAAUAUGUUAUAACAACUUUGUUCAUUAAUUUUAUCUAUUUUUCUCUA